AUGUCUUAUGAAAGAAACAACACAUGGAAGUGAAUUGACAAUCACCUAUUCUGGUUUAUGCUUUUGGAAGAAUUGACAUGACUUUUUAUCUAUUGAAAGCUGGAUUGAACGGAGACGAUGAUCCCAAACAUGAAUGAUCUGACAGUGUUUGAUGAUCAGAAAGAAACAAGAACAGGUGGAUUGAUGGAGGGAGGGAUUCAUGGAAGGAAAAGACAUCAUAAAUGCUUGCGAGGCGGGCGAGUCAGUUUGCUGAUUUUUAUGUAUGUCCGAUGUGGUUGGGAGUUGGGAGCUAAGUUCCAACAGGAUCAGGUGGGCAAAGCCACAAAGCUAAUCAGCAUGGAUUGGAAUGGGAAUUUUAGGGUUCCUUUCGUCUCUCGACCUGCUGAGAAUUCCUUAAGCUUUCUCUACAACUACACUUACGAUCAUCAGUUUUCAGGAGGUUUGGAGAUGAAGCAGGCAUCGAUGCAGACAGCACAGCACACAAUGCUGCCAACAUCUCUCACAGACAAGAACAACGCCAGUAUGAACAUGAUCUACGGUCAGGAUCCCAAGAAGAAAAAGCUCAGCACCGAGCAGUUGGAGUUGCUGGAAAACAGUUUCCAGGAGGAAAUCAAGCUGGACCCCGACCGGAAAAUGAAGCUGGCUAAGGAACUCGGCCUGCAGCCGCGCCAGAUCGCCGUCUGGUUCCAGAACCGCCGGGCACGGUGGAAGGGAAAGCAGCUUGAGCGCUUGUACGAAGCGCUUAAACAGGAGUACGACGCUGUUUCCAGGGAGAAGCAGAAGCUGCAGCAAGAGGUCAUUGCAUUGAGGGCAAUACUCAAGGAUCAGGUGAGCAAGAAGCAAGUGUUUACUGGGUACACAGAAGUCUCUGGGGAAGAAACAGUGGAGAGCACAUCCAUUCCAAGCUUGGACAAGACUGAUAACAAUAUCAACAACAAUAAUAAUAAUAAUCUUAGCAAUCAAAUUGGGGAGUGCAGCAACUAUGUUUUGAACGUGGAAGACUACAAUCCAGCUGCCAUGAUGACUCCCUACAGUUGGGCUGCUGCUGCUGCUGCUUCUAUGCCUUCUUGUCCUUGAAUCCGAUCAUGGAAGAUGAUGAUGAUUAAAUCUGCAUGCUAGAUGUUUGUAUAUCUUUAAUUAGUUCGUUUAGGGCUUAAAUUAACAAACUAAAAGUUACUGCUGUUUGUUUGUAGGUGAAAGCAGCUGUUCAGUGGCAGAGAGUGACGUUAUUUAUUAAGUUUAAGUUCUUGCUGAGAUCUUAUAGAUAGGGAAAGAGUAUGUACUGUUUAAUUUCUAGACCCUUUUAUUGACUGAUAGAGAGUUUCUGAUGAUAUUUUAUAUUGAACUACUUAAUAUAUUUAUCUGCUU